UAGGUAAUAAGGUUUUAGUGGAGUAGUGUGGUAUAAUAGAUGUUUUAGUGGUGUAGUGUUUAGUGUUGUUGUUGUUGGCCGCCGCCAGGGAGGUGAGCAGCACCAUGGCUUCAGACACCAGUCAACAUGUUCUUUAUAACGCUAAUGAUGCCGCAAAUUUAACACAUGAGGAGAUGUGGGAUGACACUUUACUCAUCCAGCAGUAUGACCAAGCUAUGGCCCAAGUACGUCAGAAGCUUCAGCGAAGAGUGUCAGCUGCAAACACAACAGAAAGUGAGCAGUCUGAGGCAGUAGAGAAAGCCGUGGAGAGUUUAUCAGAAAGCAAGAUUCAGAUGGCUAGCCUUUCGAAGAAGAAGAAAAAGAGGAAAAAUAAAAGAAAGAAUGAAUGGAAGACAGGGGAUGCGUGUCGUGCAAAAUACAGUGAAGACGGGCUCUGGUAUGAAGGAACAGUUGUUGGUCUGAAUGCUGCUACUGGCAUGUGUACUGUCCGGUUUGUUGGUUUUAACAAUGAAGAAGAGGUACUAGUAAACAGACUUGCAAAAUCUAAAGGAGAGGCAGCACGUCGUAAGCAGAUAGAGCUUGCUGAUGAUGGUCAGUCGGAGCAGAGUGACCUGUGCAGUUCUUUGAUCGAGAGUGACAUGCAAUCUGAUACUGAUGCUGAGCGCUCUAACAAAAGGCAGAGAGCACCCCACACACAACGGUCUUACUCAGGAUCGAUGCCACCUCCAAAUUUUCAAACAAAUGGAAGCCAGUUUGCACCACCACCUCACCUUCCUCAGCUCCCACCUCCACCAGCUCUUACAAUGGAUCUGAGUAAUGAUCCACAGUCUUCUGAAGCCCUACACACCAUGUUGAUGAGUUGGUACAUGACAGGCUACCACACAGGAUAUUAUCAAGGCCUUCGGCAGGCACAAACUAGGAAACCACACAAGAAAUAACGUACUCAUGUGAUGUUGAAUUCUAACUUGCUAUUUCGCUGGUGAUGUUAAAUAUAAAGCAGUGUACAGAAAAACAAAAAAAUAUAAUGAAGUUCAUUAAAGGAUUGAUCUCAAA